AUGGAUAAUAGCGAUACGGACAAUACAGCCUACGCAAUUGGCCAACAGUUGACGAGAGUGCUCACCGUCAUUGUUAUUAGUGGAGCACUAUUAUCUUUGUUAGGAGGUAUAAUAAUCGUAUUUCUCCGUAAUCGAGAGUCGCGUCGUCGGCCCUUUGCGAGAACGACAACAAUAGAAUUGGAAAGAGUGUCCAACAAAUCCCAACUCUUAUCGAGGGAGAAGCUUGAUACGUUCCCAGUCAUUGUAUUUAAGGUUGAGAGUCAUGUAGUACAAAGUGUGACGAUAGAGAAUGGAGAAAAUGAAAAGAAUUGUACUAGCAACAUUGAAAAAAACGAUUCCAAUAUUAAUACCAACGAGAAUAGCAAUGGUACGACUACCGACAACGCUCAGACAAAUAACACAACAAUACCCACUGCAAAUCGUGAACCUUCUGUCCCGUCCUCUCCAACACAUGAAGUGUCACAAGCAAGGGAGAACGAGUUGACGAGUUGUAUUAAAAAUGAAAAAAAUGACAAUGAUGAGGGGGGUGAUAACGAGAACGUUGUGGAAGAAGAUAAAAGGGACAAAAGAUACGCAAACGAAUCCCACCAUGUUGACUUCCCAACAACCUGUGUGAUAUGCCUUGAAGACUUUCAAGAUGGAGAUGAAUUAAGACAGCUUCCCUGUUUUCAUCAAUAUCACAUCAAAUGCAUUGAUCCCUGGUUAAUGCAAAAAUCUUCUGUAUGUCCAAUGUGUAAACAUGACUGUAACAGACGUUUUAUACCAUUUAAGAAAAAUGGCAAUUCGAGUAAUCGAGACACAAUCGGCGAUAGUGAUAUCAGUACAGUAUCAACAACAACGUCAGCUACGUUCUCAUUCUUCACGAUAACGGCAUCAUCGCCUACUGCAGCGAUACGCCAGCACGAUAUUGACAUUACGGUGUCGCAAGAGAACAAUGAAUCGCGUGAUGUAAAUUCGAGACCAUCAUUGCAAUUAUCAUUAACAAUAUCAUCAACAGAUUCACAUCCACAAUCGCAAUGGUCUUGGUCCUCGUCACGCUCUUCAAAAUCGGUUUCUACAAUCGAGCCUUCUGAAGUUGUUAUUGAUAGAGUGCGAGGUGUUUCUUCUGAUAUUGGUGAUGAAAGUAAUAAGGGUGAAGAAGUAAAUAUUACUGAUCUUACCUCAUGGGCUGUAGAAUGUUAUAAUUCCUAUGGGGAUGUAUGGGAAGUGUAUACUGAAUUAUCCCGCGAUAUAUGGAUUUCAAGAGGUGAUUUGAUGAUAGAUGUGAUGCUGGGGGACAGAUAUAAGCUGAGAUUUCCAACAGCAAAUUACGCUUAUAUGAAAUUGGGUCCAGGAGAUAAAGGAAUAGGAUUCAACAAUCGUUUAGAAAAUUGGGAAAUGACGCGGGAUGUUGUUGAUAGUGUGAUGAAGAGUGAAGGCUUCUUGGAUGAAGUUGUUAAGUGGACUGAAGAGUAUUACAGGUUCAUUGAGAAAGAGAGAGGAGGAAUAAUCAAUGGAAUGCACGAUUAUAAACAAUUAGUCGAAAACGUAGCAGUGAAAGUGCUCACUGGGAUUAAUCCAAUUGAGUCUGAUCAAAUGUUGGAUGAUUUGGAUCAUUGGAUAAAUGAGAGAGGCUACAUUACGAAUAUAAAAGAUAUAAUAAUUGAAUUGUGGCAGUCCUUAGCGAAUGGAAAGCUUAGUCAACGAACUUAUGAGGGUUUGCCACCUAUGCAUGGUCUUGCUCAAAAAGUUCUCGGUCGUUGGGAUGCCAUUAAAUCUUGCCCGGCUGAACAGCUGAUCACUAACGAUUUGUUAACGAAAUUGCGCGUGGCAAAUACGGUAUUAGAUAAUAAGAAGAGUACAAUGGACGAUGUUGGAAGGCCAUUCUCACCUACGGAAAUUACAGUUAUUCUUACUGAAAUGCUAAUUGGUGGAAUAUACAAGAUUCUUCCCGUUAUAAAAAAUCUUAUGGCUGCGCUCGAAAAAGACCCAUCCCUUAUCACGCCUUUGACCGAAGAACUAACCGCGACCUUUGGUAAUACUCUUCCUACGAAUCUAACGGCGGCUUCCUUAUCCUCUUUACCUUACUGCGAUGCAUUAAUCUCCGAAACAAUACGGCUGAACACACCAGUACCGAUUAUUACUCGUACAGCCGCACAGCCAGUAAAUCUAAGAGCGAAGGCUUGGCCAACAGGAACUACGGUUAAACUGGUUGUAAAUAGUUUACUAAUGAAUCAAAGAAGCUGGAAAAAUCCCGAGAAGUUUAACCCAGAGAGAUUCUUGGAACUCGAAAGUUCUGCGGAAAAAAACCGAAAAGAAGUUAUAUCAUUUGGGAAUGGCCCGAGAGCGUGUCCAGGCAGGGAAAUGACCAUGUGUUUACUGAAGACUUUUCUUGUUUUGAGGUUUUGGGACAGCAAUAAUAUAAUUAUCGAGGGUAUCCGAGAUGUGAAAGGCGUGCGAGACGUUGAUGUAUUAAACUUUUCCCGGCUUUACUGA